AUGUUUCAAUAUGAUUCCACCCAUGGUAAGUUCAAAGGAACUGUCAAGACUGAGAAUGGGAAGCUGAUGAUCAAUAGAAAUUCCAUCUUUCUCUGUACAGAGAGUGAUCCCACCAAUAUUAAAUGGGGAGAUGCUGGAAUUGAGUAUUUUGUAGAGUCCACUGGAGUCUUUAACACCAUGGAAAAGGCUGGGGCUCACUUGAAGGGUGGAGCCAAGCAGAUCAUCAUUUCUGACCCUUCAGCUUAUGCCCCAAUGUUCAUGAUGGGAAUGAACCAUGAGAAAUGUCAUAAUUCCCUUAAGGUUGUCAGUAAUGCCCCAUGCACUCCCACCUGCUUGGCCCCCUUGGCCAAGGUCUUUCACGACAAUGUUGGCAUUAUGGAAGAACUCAUGACUAUAAUCCAUGCAAUUACUACUACCCAGAAGACAGUAAAUGGCCCCUCUGGUAAAUUGUGUCAUGAUGGGAAUAGUGCUGCCCAAAAUAUCAUCCCUGCUUCCACUGGUGCUGCUAAGGCUGUAGGCAAGGUCAUGCCUGAGCUGAAUGGGAAGCUCACAGGCAUGGCCUUCCAUGUUCCUAUUCUCAGUGUAUCUGUUGUUGAUCUGACCUGCCUUCUGGAGAAACCUUCCAAAUAUGAUGAUACAAAGAAAGUCAUGAAGCAAGAAUCAGAGGGACCCUUGAAGGGCAUGUUGGGCUACAAAGAGGGCCAUGUUGUAUCCUGUGACUUUAACAGCAUCACCCAUUCUUCUACCUUUGAUGCUGGCCAUGGUAUUGCCCUCAAUGAUGAUUUUGCCAAGCUCAUUUCUUGA